CAUGUGGGUGCUGUUGUUCAGUGCAGUGCUUUGAAACGCGGCUCCACGCGGACGCGCAUGCAGGACAGGUUGAGCGUACAGGGUGAUUUGGGAGACGGUGGAGCUGACUGUGAUGGUCUCCUGAUGCCAGUUAAACAAGUGUCUUAACACCCUCAGAUCACAGACAGUGUAUUAUAGAGUUUAUAGACCCUCUCCUCCGUUCAAAUCAGUAUUUUAUCAUGGAGGCCAGGGGAAAGUAUGACUUCAAUGGCACGGCAGAAGAUGAGCUGAGCUUCAGGAAAGGAGACAUUCUGAAGAUCCUAGGAUCUCAAGACGAGUGGUUCAAGGCAGAGCUACACGGUCACGAGGGCUUCAUACCAAAAAACUAUGUUGAAAGGCAAACGCCAAGCUGGUUCAAAGAGACCGCCAGUCGUAGCUCGGCUGAGGAGAUGCUAAUUUCCCAAGAAGUGGGUGCUUUUCUGAUCCGUGGCAGCCAGAGUUCACCUGGAGACUUCUCCAUCUCAGUCAGACAUGAGUAUGAUGUACAGCAUUUUAAAGUUAUGAAGGAUAAAUCGGGCCAGUACUACCUGUGGACGGAUAGGUUUACAUCUCUAAACAAGCUUGUGGAGCAUUACAAGACCAACUCCAUAUCCAAGCAGAGGGAGAUCUUCCUAAGGGAUGGAAGUGGAGAUGAGCCAAGAGCACCUCCACCUUUAAAGAGUCAACCAGAAGCGCGGCCACCCCCAGGUAGUGGUUAUGGCGGUCCACAAACCUCAUCACAACACCGCAACACAACAGAUCAAUCUCACAACCAGAAGAGUAAGAGAGGAAGUGUUGAGGAGAAAGCUAACACUGUGGGUCACCAAGGGAGGAACAGUCCAGCCCCUCGGCGAACCUCUGAAACUUUGCCUUCUCCGAGGUCAACCAUACAGGUGAGAGCUGUAUAUGACUUCACUGCAGAGGAAGAUGACGAGCUGGGCUUCAAUGCUGGUGACAUAAUUGAAGUACUGGACCGUUCAGAUGCAUCGUGGUGGAAAGGCCGAUUGCGUGGCAGGACUGGACUUUUCCCUGUCAAUUACACAGAUCAGAUCUGAGAUCUUCUGACAGCCUGGAGGUGUGGAAUCACAAUACUAAAUCCAUCGUACUCUCGCCAAAUGCCUGCCUAUAAUGUAUGGACUGGUUGAUUAAUUUUAAAUUAGCUAAAUAAAGCUGGCUGCAGAACAUUUGAAGAGAAGUGAGAAAAAGACAUUACUCAUGAAGUCUUUGUUGCUUCUCUUUUUUUAACUAUAGGUUUGUUUGUUUUGUUUUGUUUUUUACAAGGUACAAAGAAAGGCCAAUAUAAUUUCACUUAUGUCAAAUUCUCCUAGUGACUAGAAGGUUCCCUCUUGUACAGUAUGAUUGACUGAAUUAUACAGUACAUACUGUAGCCCAUACAAUGACCAUUUUAUUGUUUUCAUGUCCAGUUUACGUUUUUAUUUUAAGAUUUUCAGUAGCACACACUAAGGUGUUACAGUACCAAGCCAAGCUUUCAUGUUACUGUACCAAUUUGUGUACUAAAAAUCUUAAUGUUGUUUGUCAAAAUAGGCCUAUGGCACAGCCAGAAUAGGUCUGAUUAUUGUUUUACUAUGCAGAAUGGAAAAUACAGAUGGCAAAUAUGAUGAUACCAGCCAUAGUAUGAUGGAUUUUAAUAAACUUUACAUUAAUGCUUUCAGAAA